GUUAAGUUAGCAGUUAGCAGUUAGAGGUAUACGGAGUUACUCAACACUGAUAUAUAAACAAAAAAUGUACUUAGAAGUCGUUCUGGCGUGUUCAACAAUGAAUUUCUAACUCCUUUUUUGAGCCGACACGCGGGAAAGGUCCUUAAAGUACACAGAAGUUAACAUUUGAACCAACACAUUUCCAUGACAACUGGGAGGAUAGCUUAGUGUGACAUCAUCAAAGGCUUCAGCCUGGUUUAACAACAUGGAUUUGCUCUAUGGUCCAUUGGGUUUGGGUGUGGUAGCAGGACUGGGCUGUGGGCUCUUCCUCGGUUGGCACCUUCGGACUCGCCUGGGCCCUACAUCAAAAAGCCUGAUGGCAGCGAUGGGGAACGGCACCGGUGAAGCAAGUGUGAUGGGAGAAGGAGGCGAGUUCAAGAUGAUACUAGUGGUCCGAAAUGAUCUGAAGAUGGGCAAAGGGAAAGUCGCUGCCCAGUGCUGCCAUGCCGCUGUAUCGGCUUACAAACAGGUUCAGCGCAGGAACCCUGAGCUACUCAAACAGUGGGAGUACUGCGGCCAGCCCAAGGUGGUGGUGAAGGCCCCCGACGAGGACACUCUGAUUAAUCUUCUGGGUCAUGCCAAAGAAGUGGGACUUCCUGUAAGCCUGAUUCAGGACGCAGGAAGGACACAAAUUGCACCAGGGUCCCGCACUGUGCUGGGUAUCGGUCCAGGCCCAGCUGAUCUGGUCGACAGUGUCACUGGGGACUUGAAGCUCUAUUAGAGUUCCGGCUUUCAUUUUUUUUUUUUUGUUAAAACAAUGUAAACUAAGUUGGCCUACCAUGAGUUUAUAUUUUUAUACAACAUUGACUCAGUUGUAUGCUAAGUACUUGAUUUUUUCUUGUGCAGUUGUGGGGAUUUUGUGCUCUUGCCCUAUCACAUACCGAUCAGCUGACUCUUGAAUAAUAGUGAGAAGGGCUUGAUGUUCUGUGUCAGUGGGAAAAACCCCAAACACUGUAUGCUAAGGCCUGUAUCUGGAAACAUGAUGCUCGGAACAAAUAAAUGAUUGUUGAUGUCAUUAGAAUCACAGUGACAAUAGACCUCGUCAUUGCAGGAAAAACACAGAUGUUACUAAUAACAUCAUCAAUGGCGUAGGUCUGUUAAGCGUCCAAGUAAGGCGUGCCGCUGAGCCAGCGUGCAGAAUAGCAGUGCCUUGGAAUUGGUUAAAAGGAAUGGCAUGCAGGUAUUACUGUUUUGAUUACACCAAUGUUUGUCUUGCUGUGAAAAAGGUCUGUACUGACUAUUGCCCCAAAUGAUGUUCUCUUAAGAAAUAAAUUGAGAAAAAUAUCUUUAGAAUCUCACAAAAUGCAUUCUUAAUAAAAAAUAUCCUUUACAACUUUUAUUUUCAUACUGUACCGUAUUUAAUACUUUGGAAAACCGUGGAGGUCACUGCAGUGGGCAGUUUGGUCUGAUGGGAUUUUGCAGUGCAGCAGUGAGCUGGUUACAUGAAUGUAAUAUUGUAAUGCAACUGAUAUUUAGAUUUUUAUUAUAAACCCUUGAAAUAUCUUAAAUAUCUCUUUCUGAAAUAAUUGCAAGUAGGAAUCAUUCAUCCACUUUAUCAGUUAUCAAAUCCACAUCAUCUUAUUGUGUGCACUUACUUUAAUUUUCUGAAAGAUUAAGUCACAAUCUUCAAGUUGUUUUAAAGUGAGAUAUAUCCAUAUUCUGAUCUUUGUACUGUCUGCUUUACUACUAGCCCCCUCUGUUUACCAUCAGAGGGUGCUAGUACUAUAUCCUACUGUUUUACGCUAAUCAUAUAGUGCUGAACUGAUCUGAGCAUGUUAAGAUAGCAGACAUUACCCAAAGAAGACAAAGUAACUGGAACACGUUAUAAUAGACAAUAGAAACACUGAUACACUGUUUGGAAAUGGAGAAGUCAUUAUUCUUGGAGCGAUAUCACAUAGGUUUGGACAAUAUUACAUUACACUACAAACUACAGCAUCUCUUUCAUACACUUUACAGCCUAUGAUCACUCUGCUCAGUAUCUAUCAUUCUUACUAGAACCAUAACAUCACUUCCCUUUUUUGGUGCUGAAUGUGCAGCAAAUUGGACGGAAAGCAAAUGUGACCCGCACCUCUACUGUGUUCAUCUCCUGCACAUGACUGUACAUGCAACACACAAUCAGACUGUUCUUGACAAACAAGAAGCCUUUAUUUUUAAGUGGAAAACAAAACCGCUGUUUCAUUCAUUAUGAUCCUGAUUAUGCACAAUCAAGUAUCUUAAGUGCACAAAAUCUAAUGUAAUUUAGAUAAGAAUAUAAGUUCAAAGGAGUUAAUGAUUGAUUUCCUGUAUACACGCAAGCCUUUGAUAAAAACUUCAAAUUACCACGAGUCCUGUGAUAUUGUUUCUGAAUUGGAUGAGCGGGUCAACUGAAAAAUGUUAAAAGGCAACCCUCAACAGUACAAGAGGAGAACAAAGUUUGAAAAAUCUCUCUUGCACACUCAAUAACAGUGACCGAAAAUGAUAUCCAUCAGAAACAAACCGCAGCAUAAAGAGGGGGCAUUGGGCAUGUUAGUUCAAACACAAACAGGUCUGCAGUCCCUCCUGAGGUGGAAUGUUCCCACAUUAGAGCAGUAUUUAAAGCACAUGGAAAUGUCAUCUGAAUGCAAAUUUGUAUGGAGAGUCCUGCAUAGGCUUUGCUGGAAAGAAUCAAACUUUCCUGUAAAUCGUAUGUAAAAUACUCUCUUGGGUUUUCUUCAAGAAACAGCCCUGAAGUGUGUGUGUGUGUGCGGGGACACGACUGGUACAACGUAGUGUUUCAGGAUUGUGGUCAUGGAAGCGGCGGUCUCAUGUUCAAAUAUAGAAGAACAUAGUAGCAUUUUUUGUGUCUGAAUAUACAAUAAUUAAAUGCAUUUUACAGUCGGACAGAAGAAGCUGCUCACACACAUCAAAAGGAAAAGGUUCUACAUUAAUUCUUCCCACUACAGAGUGCAAAUCAGAUGCUUCACAACAGACCUUUUUUUUUUUUUUUUAAACUGAGAAGAGGACUAGCUCUUCUCACAAGCCCCCCAUUGUACAUAAACCAUUUCCCAUUCAAAUAAAAUAGACAAAAGAAAAAUUAAUCUAGUCAAUACGGAAUGUGAGAAAAUUAAUCUUUGUGAUGCAAUCGUUUUCUUUGACAAAAAUAAAACUGAGUCCUUCAUGACAGUUUAAAAAGGGG